GGAGUGUCAAAAUUGACAACUUAACCUCUAAACAAUCGUGAGUUGUGUAUUUUUCGGUUUUUGAUCCAAAAGACCUUAGGUUUCAGUUUCAGCUACCUAAAAAUCUUCUUAAAUAGACCAAAAUGGCCCGCAGAUAUGAUACUAGAACUACAAUUUUCUCGCCCGAAGGAAGGCUAUACCAAGUGGAGUAUGCAAUGGAAGCAAUCUCCCUUGCUGGAACCUGUUUAGGAAUUUUGGCCAACGACGGAAUCUUGUUAGCGGCAGAAAGAAGAAAUACCAACAAACUGCUUGAUGAAGUUUUCACUUCUGAGAAAAUUUAUAAAUUAAACGAUGACAUGGUUUGCAGUGUGGCAGGCAUCACUUCUGAUGCCAAUGUCCUUACUAAUGAAUUGCGCCUACUGGGCCAAAGAUACCUUUUCCAAUAUGGUGAGUCAAUCCCAUGUGAACAACUUGUAUCUUGGCUCUGUGACGUAAAACAGGCUUACACUCAAUAUGGCGGCAAAAGACCUUUUGGAGUCUCAAUUUUGUACAUGGGCUGGGACAAACACUAUGGUUAUCAACUCUAUCAAUCUGAUCCUAGUGGGAACUACAGUGGAUGGAAGGCUACUUGUAUAGGAAAUUACAGUUCAGCAGCUAUUUCCAGUUUGAAACAAGAAUACAAGGAAGGUGAAAUGAGCUUGCAGGAUGCUAAAGCUUUGGCUGUAAAGGUUUUAAGUAAAACUUUGGAUGUAACCAAGCUCACUUCAGAAAAAGUUGAAAUGGCCACACUGACAAGACAAAAUAACAAAACUGUCAUUAAUAUCCUGACAGCAAAGGAAGUGGAGGAACUGAUUGCUGAAUUUGAGAAAAUUGAAGUGUCUAAGAGGGAACAACAGCAACAGAAGGUGGCUGCCUAAUUUUUAUUUAUUUUUAAUGCUAAUUUAAUUAUGCUUAAGAGACUUGUAAUUUGAAUGGUAAUUAAAGGUUUUUCUUACUCA